CAAAGACGUCGGCCGUGCUGCUCAACUCGCUGGGGCCGAGACCCGUCUGUGUGCUCGGCUGGCAGGUCAGGUGCCCGGCGGACAUCCAUCGCGGGCAGUCCCUCGUCCUGCAGAUCCGGGUCCAGCCGUCCGAGAGCCGGUCCACCACGCCCGUGCUGCCGGCCGUCGAGCUGGUCCGGGUGGAGGCCAAGGUGCAGGCAUUCCUUGACGCGCGUAUGCAUCUGCAUCCUCUCAUGCGUGAGUCAGAGGUCCAGACGAUAUCUUGCACAAGGCACUCUGUGGCCAAGGAGACCUUCAUCCCGUCAAGUGCUGGUGGAGUUGGCCCAGACUCAUCCUCUGCCGAAGGAAGCUCGCAUAGCCGCAGCAGCGGAAGCAGGAGUACAGGCAGCACGGCUUCAGCCGUCGGCUCUGUGGAUGCUGCUGCAUUCACGGAGAACAACGGCUGGACGCAGAUUGUCGAGCUUUCCACGAUCACGAGAGACCUGGCCAGCACCAUGAAGACACCGUGCAUCAGCCAGCACUACAUGCUCCGAACAAAGUGGUACAUCCGCGUCGGCGGACUAGGCCGCGAGCAACUCAUAGAAAAGGCAUUUCGCGUCACAGUACAUCCGCCGCUGUCCCCCAAUGCAGCAGCUACUCCCAUCCAGCCAUUGAUUGGCAGGCUGAUUCCGAGGAUGACUGGCGAUUCCUGGAUGGGUGAGGAGAGGGAAGCCCUGCCGGAGUACAGCCCAUGACCCAAAUAUGGGAACCCGACCUUACUGCACGCAGAAUGUCUGACUACACAGUCAGAAGCAGUCACUGGACGCUGCAGCAGCGUAGCCGGAAGUAGCUCCUCGCAUCUAGUUCUUUGAAUCGUCCACCGUGCAAACGCGACCAUGUUGGAGAUCAAGGAGCUUCAUAGCAACUCAUUGCACUAGUUAUAACGUAAUCCACAAGUGACUGAGACAUACAAGUGAAUGAGACACUUUCAGGGUACUCGUACGAUAAUGUAUAAGAGAAUUCAACCACAACGCCUUAAAUCAAUUGAAACUAUUCAGAAUCCUCUUCUUCAGAGGCAGAUACAACUUUCUGACACGUACGAGCAUUAUGCCCGGGCUC